AUGUCAAUAAAAUUAAGGAGAGAAAAAAAUUCUAAACUUUUCAGAGCACUGUUGAAUAGUGGAACAUUUGGUGAAUUUGAUCGUGAAAUAAGCGAACAAAUCGAGCAUUGGCAAUUGGAACAUCAUCAAAAUGGUGCUGAUACAUCCAUAAGAGGCCGAUUAUUAUCCUUUACAGAAGUUGAAGAUUCGAAUUCAUUCACUGAAGAAAGUGAAGAAGAAGAGGAAUAUCGAAUGGCUUCUGUUGAAACGGUUCAAUCACCGCCAACGUGGGAUAAUAAUAGCUUAGAUGAAUCAUGUUACAAGGAUAGUGCUCUUGUACAAUUGGUUAAUUUGUUAAAGAAUAAAACAGAUUCGAUUAAUCUUAGCAAUCUUGAGCAAUUGGUCGAAGCAUUAUUACUUAAAUGUAAUCCGAACGAUGCUGAAAUGAUGGUGGAAAUGGCCAUCGGAACUGGAAAGGAAAUGAAUGAAAAGGUUGAAAACAAAAAAGAUGAACUCACUCAAGCAUCACCUGUAGCAUUACCAAUCGUAGUUGCAGCACCUUCACCAGCUCCUCCACCACCACCUCCUCCACCUCCUCCAUUGUUAGCAGAAAUUUCCAAUGGACCGCCGCCUCCUCCAUCUCUUCAGCUAAAUGAGAAAGGAUCUAGACUAUUAUCAAAGAAAAAACUAGACAUACCGAAAGCAUUGAAACCAAAAGCUAUGCCUAAAGCUGGAUCACAGAUGAAACAGAUCCAAUGGACUAAAAUACCUGUUGAAAAGGUAAUUGGUGAUGGUAUGCAGAAAAUUCACAAUGUUUGGAUGUCAUCCGCUCGACUUUCUGAAAAUGAAUUACAUCUUAAUUUCGAUGAGUUGGAAUCGAUGUUUAGUUGUGCAGCUGCUAGACCAUCUAAUGAUAUGUCAAAUAUUGAACGACGUACAACUAGAAAGAAUGCAGUAAUUACUUUACUCUCACAUAAACGAAGCUUCAGUGUGAGCAUUUUCCUGAAGCAAUUCAAAGAAGGUACAUCACAAAUUAUCGAAAAUGUUCGAGAUGGACGUGGAGAAUUUUUUGGUCUUGAACGAUUAAACAACCUUCGUGCUAUUUUACCGGACAAUGAAGAGAUUGAAAUUUUACGAGGAUUUAGUGGUGAUCAGUCACAGCUUGGUAUCGCAGAACAAUUCUUUUUAAGUCUGUUAACCGUAUCAGACUAUAGGCUUAUCUUGGAUUGUAUGAUUUUGAAAGAAGAAUUGGAUAUUGCAUUCGAAACUUUGCUACCUCAUAUUGACACCGUAAUUAACAGUUGCAUAGAAAUUAAAGAAAGCAAAGCAUUGCCAAAGAUUUUUUGUAUGCUUGUACAAAUUGGUAAUUUUUUAAAUGCAAAUGCAACAUUUGGCAAUGCUGCCGGAUUUAAACUCAAUUCACUUUGGAGAAUUUUGGAUGUGAAGGGAACGCAAAAAAGUAUUACACUUCUACAUUUCAUUGCAAUGCAAGAUCGUGAGUGCACGGAAAAAUUAUUGAAUGAAUUGUUGACAGUGCCAGUUGCUGCAAGGCUAUCACUAGAAUCAAUCCGAAAUGACGUUCGGACAAUCGGUGAUAAAUUGGUUAAUGUGAGUAGUGAAGUAAGAAAACGGAUUGAUAUUCAUUUUUUCGAAAAUACUAACCAACAUUUCAUGAAUUCACGAGAGCAUAUGGAAAAUAUGAAAGAGCAAUUAGAACAAAUGGAUCAGUUGAUUUCUUACCUGGCAGCAUAUUUCUGUGAAGAUGAGAAGCAUUUCAAAAUUGAGGAAUGCUUCAAAAUAUUGUCCACAUUCAUCUGUAGGCUUCGAGAUGCGCUAAGUGAUAAUGAAAAACGCAUAAGGAGAUUAAAACGUCUGGAAGAAAAAAGCAAUGUGGAAAAUAUCGUGUCGGAUAAUUCUUCAAAGUUUAAUUUGUCAGAGAAGAUCAAUAAUAACAAUAAUAACAAUAAUAGAACAUUGGAAGAACUUCUGGAAAGCAAUUCUCAUUCGGAUAUCCGUCACUGUCGACCUCGUUCAAAUAUCAAUCAGACAAAUAUUGUAAUGAAAUCAUCGGAAGAUGAAAAAAAAGAUUGUAAAAUUGUCCAUCGAACAGUUCAUAAGCUAAGGGAUAAAAUACCUGAUGAGGGAGAUGAUAUGUCACCAAUUAUGAAGUUGAGAAAACAAUCACGAAAUAAAAGUGAUGCUUAUCUGAUAAGGCAUAGUCAGAAUUUGGAUGAAUUCUUGGAGGUAGCUGAAAGAGUGGAAAAGGAAGCUGUAAAACAGUGUAACAAAGAAAUACCUCAUGAAUUAAUUGAAAUGACUCCAACAUUCUCAACUUCUAAAGAAAAUGCGCCAUCAAAAAUAGCAGAGUAUAAAAGAACGCCAUCAACAGAAAUAAUUCCUAAACAUAAUAACUCAAUAAAUACCGCAGAAGAUGCAUCUUUCAUCAAUCAUAACAGAGCUAGAACGACACAUUCUCCGAUGGAUAAGAUGAAGCAACGAGUUGCAGUGGAAAGAGCUGCCGAAAUUUCAUUAUCCAAGACGAUACGUAGCAUACGAACAUUGAAAUCAGUUAGAAAGACAUCUCCUGUACAAGAUUGUGCUGAUGACUCGCAAAAUUCACUAUAUCGAAUCAAAUUAUCCACAACUUCAACAUCUAGUAAAUCUACAUCAAAACAAUCUAUCAACAAUUCACUUGUUUUCACUAAGCAACUUCCUGCUACCUUUACUUCAACAAGUCAAAAAAUUGGAAUACUAGAACAGGCAUGUGAUAAAUCGAAAAAUAUUCCUUCGAAAUCAUUAAUACAAUCCGGAAAAUCAUUUACCACUAUUACAACCAAAGAAGCUGUAAUAAAACGGCGUGACGGAAUAGCUGUAACGAGUAAAUCUGAAACAGCCUCUUCAAAAACUGCCAAAACCAUGCCUUCUCGGAAACCACGUUCUGAUACAUUUGGUAUCACUUUAUCCAACGUUACGUCUACGAAAAAUACAACGUCUAUCCGUAUGACAAAAAAAUCAACAAGUUGUAUUGCAGAUACUGAAAUACCAUGUACAUCGAAUUCAUCAGUCGAAAAUUUACCACAACGUACACGUGCUGCUGAUGGGUUUGUUACCUCAGCUACCCAAAAGCAGAAUAUUGGGUCACAAUCAUUUUGGGGAAUAACUUAUCGAUCAACUCAUGCUAAAUCAGUUGCAACAGCUACAAAGGGUGUAGCGCAUUCGAAUGACAACACCGUACAUCCUCCCGCUUCAACAAAUCAUGAUCCUUCAUCGUCCUCAAAGUCAGCUUCUAUUGCAUCUCGUUCAAAAUCAAUGCCGCAGAGAACAUCAGCAACUGGUACAACAUCAUUAGUACGUGCAACGCCGCCACGUUCCUCACCUUCCAUAACACGACGGUUUGUAAGAGGAACAACCAAAUCUGGUCCACACGUACUAACUUCAACAGCAACAGCUGUACCGAAUCCUCAUAAUAAGACAAUGAAACGUACCGACUCCUGUAGUACCGCUUCAAGGCCUUUGCUAAUUAAAACCGGUACCGUAUCAAGACCCAGGUGGAAGUAA